ACAGUAUUCGUUUAUUGAUUCUUUUGAAGUACAAGGGGCAGUUGCGGAGUAUGCUUGUUCCCUCGUCAUUACACUCAGCUCUACUUCACUUUCCCUUCAAAUCCACCUCCUUUUUCGCUUUCUUCUCUUCCUCAACACCAUUACACAGAACAACAACUCCUCCUUCUUCUUUUACCCACUUACUCAAACAAUGCAAAUCUUGUAUCAAAGCCAAACUCGUCAUCAUCGGCGCUUUUUCACCCUCAGCAAACCCCACAACAUGGUCAUCCCAUGUUGUUUUCUGGUGGAACAACCUCAUCAAACGCAGUGUUAUUCUCCGACAUCACGAAACUGCCUUAUCCCUCUUUAGAGAAAUGUUAAGACUUGAUUGGAAACCUGAUGGCUACACAUAUCCGUAUGUACUUAAAGCGUGCGGUGAGAUUAAGUCUCUAAUUUGCGGUGAAUCUGUACAUGGAAUGGUUUUACUAUCUGGGUUGGACUCAAAUGUGUUUGUAUGUAAUGGGGUUAUAGCUAUGUACGGGAAAUGUGGGUUGUUGGGUCAUGCACGCCAGGUGUUUGAUGAAAUUCUUGUGAGAGGAACUGCUGAUGUUAUUUCGUGGAAUUCGAUUGUGGCGGCUUAUGUACAGAAGGAUGAGGAUAAAGUAUUGGAAUUGUUUGAUGAGAUGGUUUCGUUGAAUAGUUUUGAGUUGCGACCUGAUGCUGUUAGUUUAGUUAAUGUGUUUCCGGCUUGUGGUUCUAUGGGGGUGUGGAGACGAGGGAAACAACUUCAUGGUUAUGCGAUUCGGAGAUGUUUACAUGAGGAUGUGUUUGUGGGAAAUGCGGUUGUUGAUAUGUAUGCGAAAUGCAAGCGUUUGGAUGAUGCUAACAAGGUUUUCGAGCUAAUGGAGGUGAAAGAUGUGGUUUCUUGGAACGCGUUGGUAACUGGGUACUCUCAGAUAGGACGGUUUGAUGAGGCUUUGGGACUGUUUGAGAGAAUGAGGGAAGAAGAGAUUGAUUUGAAUGUUGUGACAUGGAGUGCUGUGAUUUCGGGGUAUGCACAGAGGGAUUUAGGCUAUGAAGCGCUCAAUAUCUUUAAGGAGAUGAUGCUUUCUCGGGCAGAGCCAAAUGUCAUCACUCUUGUUUCUGUGCUUUCAGGUUGUGCUUCUAUUGGAGCACUGUGUCAAGGGAAGGAAACUCAUUGCUAUGCCAUUAAAAGAAUGUUGAGUUUGGAAGGAAGCAAUGCUGAGGAGGAACUCAUGGUGAUUAAUGCUCUGAUUGACAUGUAUGCAAAGUGCAAGGAGAUGAAAGUUGCUCAGGCCAUGUUUGAUGAUAUUGACAGGAGAGAUAGGAAUGUCGUCACAUGGACAGUCAUGAUUGGUGGACAUGCCCAGCAUGGCGAUGCCAAUGAUGCUUUAGAACUUUUUUCGGCCAUGCUGAAGGAUGAGUACUCUGUAAUCCCAAAUGCAUAUACUAUAUCAUGUGCUCUGGUGGCUUGCGCUCGUCUGUCUAGUCUUAGGAUUGGUAGACAAAUUCAUGCAUAUGUGUUACGACAAGGGUAUGAACCUACAAUGGUCUUUGUGGCUAACUGUCUUAUUGACAUGUAUGCCAAAUCUGGAGAUGUUGAUGCAGCUAGGCUUGUGUUUGAUAACAUGAGCCAGAGGAAUACUGUGUCAUGGACAUCCCUGAUGACUGGCUAUGGAAUGCAUGGUCGUGGGGAUGAGGCUCUCGAAGUGUUUAACAUGAUGAGAGGAGCAGGGCUCCCCAUAGAUGGGGUAACUUUUCUUGUUGUGCUAUAUGCUUGUAGCCACUCUGGAAUGGUUGAUGAGGGUAUGAAUUACUUCAACAAUAUGAAGGGGGAUUUUGGAGUUGUUCCUGGGGCUGAACACUAUGCCUGCAUGAUUGAUAUCUUGGGUCGUGCUGGUCGACUGGAUGAAGCUAUGAAGCUCACUGAACGCAUGCCAAUGGAACCAACCUCAGUAGUAUGGGUCGCGCUGCUUAGCGCUUGUAGAGUCCAUAAAAAUGUGGAUCUUGCCGAGCAUGCUGCUGCAAAGCUGUCAGAUCUGGAAUCUGAAAAUGAUGGGACUUAUACACUUCUUUCAAAUAUAUAUGCUAAUGCCAAACGUUGGAAAGAUGUGGCCCGGGUUAGAUCUCUCAUGAAACAUUCUGGCAUAAGGAAGAGACCUGGAUGUAGUUGGGUUCAAGGAAAGAAGGAGACUGUUACAUUUUUUGUGGGGGACAGAUCUCAUCCAAUGUCUGAAAAGAUAUAUGAUCUCCUAGAAGACCUGAUUCACCGUAUCAAAGCAAUGGGCUAUAUACCGGAAACAAGUUUUGCUCUUCAUGAUGUAGAUGAUGAGGAGAAAGGCGAUCUUCUUGUUGAACAUAGUGAAAAGCUGGCCCUUGCGUACGGCAUUCUCACGUCAGCUCCUGGAGUGCCUAUUAGAAUAACCAAGAACCUACGAGUUUGUGGAGACUGUCAUACUGCAAUGACAUACAUCUCCAAAAUCAUUGAACAUGAAAUUAUACUGAGGGACUCGAGUCGCUUCCAUCAUAUCAAGAAUGGAUCUUGCUCUUGUAGAGGGUUUUGGUAGAAAGGUUCUUGUGGAACAUUUGGAAUUUUGGAUGGUAUACAAGAAAAAAGCUCUCGGAAAUGAAGUACAAGUUCAUAAUCAAAUUAUUGAAGUGUGAGAUUUG